AUGGAGAAGUUGCGUGCCCAACUGGAUUUUAGAGCUUCAGAAUCUGGUCACACUAAUCUUAUGUUUCUCAUCGUUAAAGUAGGUGGCCGCAAAGUUUAUUGGAAAGUCAAGAAUGUAACUACUAUCCAUUUCAGGUCUGGCUCUUUAUGGGUAGCUUGGGUGAAAGAAAAUCUGUUGAAAAGGAAGAGUUUCUGGAGUGUGAGUAUUCCUCAAAAUUGUUCAUGGGACUGGAGGAAGAUCCUAAGGUUGAGGGAUAUUGCUAAAAGAAUCUUGAAGUUUGAGGUUGGUAAUGGGGAGAAUAUUUUUCUUUGGCUGGAUUCUUGGCAUCCUUCUCGAAUUUUGUUUGAGGUUUUUGGGCAUAGGGUUGUCUAUGAUGCCCAUAGUAGUGUGGAGGCUAAGCUCUCUUCUGUCAUUCUUAAUGGAGACUGGUUUUGGAGACCAGCUAGGUUUGAGGUUCUAGUUGAGAUUCAAGCUAGGCUUCAUGAGAUAAGUUUUGGUCCUUAUGAUAAACCUUUGUGGACUGUCUCUAGGAAAGACGCCUAUGUUAGCUCAGAAACUUGGGAUUUUCUUAGAGAAAAAAAGGAUGAGGCCGUUCGGUGGAAGUUGGUGUGGUUUCCACAUUCAUACAUUCAUUUUGUGGCUUGCUAUGCAGGAUAG